AUCUUGAAACACAGUUUUUUCUUCUGGUAAGCAAAGUAACUGGAUGCCGCUCCUAAAAGCGCCACCCCGAUAGCGCUGACGAUUCCCGCGAUUUUUCCGGAACCGGCCUCUGCGGGACAAAUGGAAAUUCCAUACAGAGCCCAAAGCAGUUGACAAAAUCAGACCAUCCCAGAAGACCAUAUGAGCAACUCUGGCUUCUAUUUAACGUUUCUUAAUGCAGAGUCACGUUCCACUGUGAGGGAUUGUGGUGAGUCUUCAUAAGUGCUUUCCUCUUCCGCACAAGCUUUGAAUGACGGAACACUUUGUGGGUCAACUGCUUUUGUUAAUGCAAAGUGAGCAGAGUUGCAUUAUUUAUCAUGAAAGCUUUAUGCAGAGUUCAUUACUUUUUUGAUCAUUUUUAAAUUUGAAAUGUUUUUAUUAUUUUCAAGUAAACUGAUUGAAAUGUGCAUGCAGUGUUUGCCAUUUGGGAUAUGGGAGGGACACCUACGCAAGCAUGGCAUGCAAACUCCUCACAGUAAGGGCAGAUAUCUCGACAUCUCGACUGUGGGACAUCUGUGCUAACCACUACUGCUUCCUUCCGAAACAUAUGGAAGCUUUAAAAAAUGCCCUAACCUUGAUACUUUAUGCUUGUACGCUUUAUAUAGUUUUCUAAGACAGGUCCCAUGGAAGAAACUCUCUGAGACUAAGGAAAAAAGACGUUCCGGACACAACUGACAGAAGUCCAAAGCAUCAAACCAAAGCUCCAGAAACAUGAACUUCGGCUGUAACAUUUUGACAAACAGAAAGAGGCGACCAACGGCACUGCACACACAAUCGAACACCGGCAGGAGAGGCAGGAAGAAGAAUCAUGAAUCCACUGUCUAUUUUGGUGCCUCUUCUCAAACUUUACUACUGUGGAAUCAGAGUUCUCAUCUACCAGAUGUUCAACAGAUCUUUCACACUUCCAGUCUUACAGAAGCAGAAUGGAAGGGUUGGCAUUGUCACUGGUGGUACAAGAGGAAUGGGUUAUGAGACUGCAAAACAUCUGGCAAGACUUGGCAUGCACGUCAUUAUUGCGGGGAAUGAAAACGAGGAGGGUUUAGCUGCUGCACGAGCGAUUCAGGGAGAAUGCACCGAGGGCAAAGCCGAGUUUCUCUUUAUAGAUCUGACUUCUCUGAAUUCAGUGCGAAGAUUUGUCGAAACGUUCAAAGGCCGAGGGCUUCCCCUGCAUCUUCUGGUUAAUAACGCCGGGACCAUGCUGGUUCCUGAGAGGCAGACUGAAGAUGGCUUUGAAUUCCACUUUUCUCUCAACUACCUCGGCCACUUCCUACUGACCAAUCUGCUGCUUGACCUAUUGAAAAGGUCAGGGAGACCGGACUGCUGUUCCCGAAUCGUCAACAUGUCUUCCGCCACACACUAUGCGGGGGUAAUCCAGAUGGAUGAUCUCAACAGGAGGUUAAACUACAGCUCCCAUGGUGCCUACGCCCAAAGUAAACUAGCCUUAGUCCUUUUCACUUACUACCUACAAGAGCAGAUGACAGCCAAAGGGUUCUCGGUGAUGGUCAACGCGGUGGAUCCCGGGAUGGUGGACACAGCACUCUACAACAACCUUUGGAGCUUGGCGAAGGCGCUCAAAAAGCCAUUUGCAAAGACUUUGUUUAGGACUCCAACAGAGGGUGCCUCGAUAAUCAUCUAUGCUGCAGCUGCCUCCGAGAUGGAAGGUGUGGGUGGCUGCUACCUCUACAAUGGCGAAAAGAAGCAAUCAGCCCCAGACUCCUAUGACUCUGAGCUUCAAGCAAAGUUGUGGGAAAAGAGUUGUGAGCUUGCAGGCCUACAUGAGGCCUGAUGACCGACCGGUGUGGCUGUCCUUGCAAGACCAAUAGAUUCACAUGACACACAAAACAGACAAAGGAUCAGCGAGCAGACAUCAAGGUUUUUCUAUUGCAAAUGAUAUCGGGGGUUUGUUUAUACAAAGUCGCAAUCGUCAUGUUGCAAAAAUGAGAAUGUUUCACAUAUAUUAUUUGAUAAGUAUUACAAUAAUGUGCCUUUGUUUAUUCAAUGCCUGCAAUGUAUAGUGACAGGAAGAGCAAUUAAAUGCUCUUCUAGUUGGCAAAAUGUUCUUUGAAUCCGUUUCUUGAUGGUGCUAUGCAUAUAACAGAAUUUUGGCUUUGUGUUCAACAAAACCAGUGCAGAUUUCUUAAGUGGAUUUGUGGGUAAAUUCAUACAAGAUCCUCAAUAUUUCAAUAUAUUCAGUGUUUACAGAGUAUAUACACUUUUUGUCACUUUUUUUCAUAUACGUGUAUGUAUAUAUGUAUAUAUAUAUAUAUAUAUAUAUGAAAAUGUGUUGGCUAUGCAAUAUCAACCCUCUUCUUAGCCUGAUAUUUUAAUGCCCUACUAUUUUUGUUUGUUCUGUUUUUUUUUUCCAGCCGUAAUCAUUGUGUUGUCAUCAUGAUAUUAUCUGGGUAAAGAAUAUCUGGGUCCAGCUUCUUUCAAAUUCUUGCACUUGUUUCCACAGAAGCCUCACAAAUCAACCACUUUGCAAUCACGUGAUGCUGCUUGCAAUUUUAUGUGGAAAAUAAAGAUUUGUUUGACAGUGA